AUGUCAGAUUUAAACACUACUCUGCUGAAUUUGACCGCCGGCGUCCCUCCCUGGAAUACCACCCACGGGCCGAUGACACGGCGCACUGUUGGCUGGACUGCCAUGUUAGUUGUCAAACUGCUCAUCUGCAUAUCGUCUUUACUCCUCAACGCCAUCGUCCUGGCUGUGCAUUAUUUCAUUCCCACGUAUAUUAAUCCCUUCAGCAUCUACCUCUUAGCGCUCUUCAUCACCAACAUUGUCUACCUGCUGAUAAUGCGUCCCAUCGGGAUCCUGGAUGAACUAUACGGUCUGUGGCCAGCUAGCGGCUUCUCCCUAUGCGUUUUGUACAACUACGACAAGGUCAUGAGUAUGGUGCCAGUUAUGUUUCACGUCCUCAUCUCGUUCAAUCGUCUAUGGGCCGUGACCUUUCCUGUCUCUUACCGUGAACGUCAUACGAAGCAACUGGCCGUGCGCAUCUGUCUUGGCGCUCUGCUGGCUGUCCAUAUUGUCAAUUUGCCGGCAUAUCUUGUUGACAUGUUGCACAUUUAUCCGCCAUUUUACUACAAAAUUAAGGACUGCCACCAGAUAUUAUCACCGGCUAUUGCAUACUGGAAUCGCGUGGGAUACGUCGUAAACCGGUUUUCGCCAUUGGCGUUUAUUCUGGUGGCGUACCUGCACAUCAUUGUGAAGCGAUGGCGUCAACGACGAACAGGAUUGGCUGACGGGAACGUUAAGACGGCAUCCACACCGGCUACUGAUCCAGGUAAACCCGGAGGCGAAAGAGAACCGGUCAUUGUGCAGCGCCCCCGAAAAGAAACUGUAAGCACCCAGCGGUCCAAAAUCAAGCCAUUUGUCGUGUUAACACUAACGUCCAUUAGCGUUAUUAUCUGCUGGCUGCCAGCGGAUGCUUAUUUCUUCAUUUUAACCUAUCUGAAUGUCGGAUUUUCGAGAGAUUUUUUCAUCGUCAUAUCCACAUUGUAUUCGGUUCAAAUGAUUUUUGAUCCACUGAUGUGGAUCUGUAGCUUACGCAAAUAG